AUGUCUGGGGAGCAAAUCAAUGGAGAGAACGGCUGGUACGUACCACACGGUGGCUCUUUCAAGUGGAUAGACAUGGAAGAGGGAGAGAAACUGCUGGCAAAUGGUGAUCCAAUCAGCACCAAUGCUGUGGACUUCUAUCUACACACCAAGUAUAAUCCUAUUUCCGGGCAGAAAAUUGAGCCAUCAUCAUCGUCUAUUUCUGGCUCGUACUUCAACAAAAGUCAAGGUACUCGUUUUUUCAUCCAUGGAUGGACUAGUGGUCACACCGAUAUCAAGAAUACCAAUUUCAUAAAGGCCUGGCUGUGCAGGGGUGACUACAACAUUAUAAACGUCGAUUGGGCUCGUGCUCGUGAUGAUUAUGUUUCCUCGGUUCUGGCUAUUCCCGGCGCUGGUGCCAAGGUUGGUGAUAUGAUCAAGUACCUGCACGAGAGUCAUGGCAUGUCUUUGAAUAGCCUGCAAGUUAUUGGUCUCAGUUUAGGCGCUCAUGUCUCUGGUUAUGCCGGCAAAACCGUUGGCGAGGGUAAGAUCGACACUAUUGUUGGCCUGGAUCCUGCUCUUCCCUUGUUCAGCUAUGACAAACCCGCCAAGCGCCUGAACAGUGGUGAUGCCUGGUAUGUGGAGUCUAUUCAGACUAGCGGAGGCAAACUUGGAUUCCUGAAGCCCAUUGGCAAAGGUUCCUUCUACCCCAACGGCGGCAAAAAGCAGCCAGGUUGCGGUCGCGAUACCGACGGUUGGUGUUCUCACGCCCGCUCUAUUACCUACUAUACUGAAGCCGUUAACAAGGACAAUUUCGGUACCAUCAAGUGCUAUAACUACAAGGCAGCUGUUGCCAAAGAUUGUGGCAGCACCUACAGUGGCACUCGCAUGGGAGCGGUCACCAAUACCUACAUGGUGGGUUAUUACUAUGUCCCUAUUAACAGCGAGGCACCCUUCGGUAUGAUUAACUAA